UUUCCCUCUACCGUCAGACAAACACCUGCAUGAAGAUGGCUGAAAAAACAGUAGACACUUCCUCCCCAGAGUAUCAAACAGACACUGCUGCUGACAGUAGUUCAGCUCUACCACCACCUCCCCAAGAAGUUUCAGAUCUUUGCAAAGAAACGUUUGAUAAAAUGUCAGACUAUUUAAUGGGUGAACUUACUAUGACAGUAGAAGAUUACAGUCUUUUAGAACAGAUGAACAAAGUUACAAUGAAUAAGUACUUUGAAAUGAAACAGAUGACAGCCAACAUUAGCACAGCAAUGCAGGAACUUAAUGACAAAUACCAACAUCUUCAGCCAUAUUUGGAUCAAAUUGACCACAUAGAGGAUAGUGUAGCAUCACUUGAGCAGGCUGCUUACAAGCUAGACGCAUAUUCAAAAAGAUUAGAAGCAAAGUUUAAAGCUUUAGAAAAAAGGUGACAGCAUCAAGGAUUGAUACCACUAGUGAUUUUACCAUAUUUGAUGACAUUUGAGACAAUUCAAACAUAAUUCUUGCCAAAGAAUAAAGCAAGAUAGAAAUGAUGAACUUUAAAUAAUUGUUGACACAUCAAUAUUUUAUAAAGAGAUUGAGAAGCAUUGUAAAAUAUGACUUUCUUGAUCCCCUGAGAAUCAUAAUAAAUGUGCAAUUUGUAAGAGGGUAUGAUGGGUACAUUAAAAUAAUGUUUUGUGUAGUA